CCAAUGAAUGGUAGAGCAUGCAGUAUGUCGGCUCGCGCUGCGGCCAGGGCUCGCGCCGGAAAGGCGACACGCAUGGGCAAGCGUUGGGCAUCGCCAGCCGCAGUACAAGCCAGAGCAGCCCCGCGGACCCGCCUUGAUAUAUCCAGUGCUGGUCUACAGCUGAAGGGGCAGCGCAGGCCCCGCCCCGCCUGCGGCCCCGCCUUGGCGCCCUUGCCGUGGCCUGCCCUACCCCUGGUGACUCGAGUGGGCGCCCCCUUCGCGAAGUCGAAGGGCCGGGGUCGGGGGCUCUGCGGACCAACACCAACGGGCUCGCAGCCUGGACCCAAGGAUAUAUAGCAGCAUGAUGGAGCUCUGAAGGCCGGCAGCGCGGCCGCGUAGACGGCGGGGAAGGGGCCUGGCUGGCAUGCGCACAAGAAUCGCGUCUGCAAGGACAACCGGAAAGGGGGCGCCACCGCAGUACGGUGCACGCGAGGGCAGAAGACGCAUACAUUUAGAUUGUUCAGGCAGUGACGGUGUGUAAAGGCAGGCAAAGCAAAAGUGCGAAGCUGGCACUCUGAAGUGGACGAGAGACCCGCGAUGUAUGGCGCUGGCACUCUGCACCGUAGGCCCGCUAAUUUGGCUCACACAAGGAGGCUCCAUUGCUCUCGGCACUGCUCGAAGGCUCCUUAUUAUAAUUCAAGUUGCCCAACAAUUGCACUCAGUCAGCCCGUCACACGAAGCAAAGCCUGCUGCGUUCACGCCCAGCACUCAGACACGUCUCGCUUAUGACCGGACGCAAGUCCGCAGAGGGCGGCCGUUCUGGCCGCCCGCGUACCCACGCGAAGCGGUCAUCCAGCUUUAGGGAGGACGACCUCGACGCGCAGGGCGAGAAACGAGGACCCUGGACCCCGGAGGAGGACAAGCAGCUGACGGACCUGGUGCUCAGCUGCGGUGCCCAGCGUUGGAGCACAAUAGCCGAGUCCAUUCCAGGCCGUUCCGGAAAGUCGUGCCGCCUCAGGUGGUGGAAUCACCUGAGCCCGCAAGUGAAAAAGGGUCCUUUCAGCGAUUUCGAGGACGCCGUCAUCGUGCGGUCGCACGAGAAGUAUGGGAACAAGUGGUCCGUUAUCGCCAAGCUGCUUCCAGGCCGGACAGACAACGCAGUCAAGAACCGCUGGAACUCCACGCUAAAACGGAAGCACACUGGCAACACCCUGAGCAACAAGUUCGUGGACACCUACCCCGAACUCGAGCCGCUCAUGGCCGACCCCGAGGCCUCCCGCGAGGCGGUGGAAUAUUCCGCCGGGCUGGAGGAGGCGAAGGCCAUCAUGGGCGCCGCGGCGGCGGAGGCGGCGGCGGGCGGCCACCACAUGACGAUGACCGGCAGCGAGGAGGAGGAUCACGAGCACGAGGAGGAGGACACCAUGUCGGAGGACGAGGCAGAGGAGGGAGGCAGCAGGAAGCACGCCGGCAGCGCCAGCGUCGCAGACCUGGGCCCCGGCUCCGCCGCGGCCGCGGCGCGUCGCGCCGCCGCCGUGGCGUUGCUGCCGCAGCGGCCGCUGUCCACGCGCAAGCACACGCAGAGCCGCAAUUGGCGCGCUCUGGAGGCGGCGGAUGACGCGACCACCAGCGAGGACGACGACGGCGCUUGGGAGGCGGAGGAGGCAGCCGAGGAGCAGCGGAUAGCCACCAUCGCCACUUCCGUGGGUGGUGCUGUCGUGCUUUGUGGCACCGGCUCCACUUCUGCAUCGCCGAUCGCGCAGUCGCCGGCCCUGGCCGCGCUGCCCGCUCACCUACAGAGCGCAUCCAGCUCAGCCGCUGCCGCCGCUGCUGCCAACGCUCACUGGCUCCAGCAGCAGCAGCAACAGUUUGGCGGCUCGGUUGACGCCGCCGACGCCGCGCCCACACCGCCCGCCAAACGCGCCCGCUGCGCCGUCUCGGCUGCCAACGCCUCUCCGCUGCAGGGCCUGCAGCCGUCCCUGUCGCAGCUACAGCCUCAGCAGCCGAUGCUGACAGCAUCGCUGCAUGCUGCUUGCGGCUACCCGGCUCCCUACGCCGCCGCUGGCACUCCCGCGACCGCCUUCACGACCACCAACGCCAUGUGUGUGGGGUCGGGCUUUGCCGGGGAGGCGCUCGCCUGCCGCCCUGCACAGCUCACCCAACAGCCAUCCCUGCAGCAACAGCAGUUACAGCUACCAGUCGGCCUGGAGGCCUACGGCAGCAGCACCAGCAACACCUUCACCGGCGUGCGCGUGUCUAUACCCGCAAACAUGCAGCAGCAGCCGCAGCAGCAGCAGCCCUACCAGCAGGUGGCCGUGUACCCGCCGCAGCAGUGCCAGGUGUCGCAGUCACUUCAACAGAUGGAGGCUGCUAUGCUGAUGCAACAACAGCAGCUGCUGCAGCAGCAACAGCAACAACAGCAGCAGCUGCAGCAGCAACAAGAGCAACAGCAGCAACAACUGGUGCAACAGCAACAGCAGGCGGCAGCGAUGGCGGAUUGUGGCACUGAGUUGGAGGGCCCGAAUGACGACCUGGAGUGGCAGUUCAUCAUGGACACGCUCGACGCCGCGCCGGCUGAGCAGGCCACCUUUGACGACUGGACCGCGGGCCAGCAGCAGCAGGCACAGGCGCAGCAGACUCAGCCGCAGCAGGCGCAGCCCAUGCAGGUGCAGCAAGUGCUCCCAGUGCCGGUGGUGGCAGCACAGGCCGCGCCAGCGGUGGCUGGCGUCAAUUGCUACAGCUCUUGCAGCAGCGGUAGCGCCGCGGCCACCUGGGUGAGCGGCCCUCAGCAGCUGAAGUCGACAAUCGUUGUCAGCGAGGCGCCGGUCAGCUUGCCGCCUGGCGACUGGGCGACGUCUGCCCAGAAGCGGCAGCGAACGUUGAUGGGCCUGACCCAAGUCACCAGCUGCAGCGGGAGUGGGAGCGGCAACGCCAGUGGCUGCGCCGUUGGCGGCGGGCUGCUGGGUACCGCCACGUCGGCGGCCGGCCUCGGCAGCGGCGCCAGCGGCCUGGCGGGUGUGGGCCUGGGCGUGUCGGGCCUUUCACUGGUGCAGGCGGCGCCGGUGCGCACCUCAAGCGACUUCCCCUGGUCCGCCACAGCCCAGGACCUGGACGUGUGCUUCUUCCCCGCGACUGCCGGACUGUACGGCAGUCAGUCGGUUCUGCAGCAGCAGCAACAGCAGAUGCAGCAGCUGCCUCCCAUGUUUGCGCAGCCGCCGACCGUGGCGCAGAGCUCCGCCACGGCCUACAUGCCGUGCGGGCCCUCGGUUGUCAGCUUUACGGACUUCAGCCGCAUGGCCGGCCCCUUCAACGACCCGCUGGCCUUCCUCGUCUAAUGUUGAAAAAGCUGUUGACACGAGGGGCGGUGGUGAUCGCAGUGGUACGUUGACUACGUUGGGUGAUUAGCGCAUGUGCUUGAGUGCUGUGCCGCAGUGCUGUGCCGCAGUAGGGUGUCUGAUGGUGUAUAUUUGACAGGUACCGUAUACUGAUGGACGGUUAUGGUGUGUGAAGGAGAGGUUUGAUCGCACGCGUGGCGGUGUACCUGGCGGGAGGCGCAAGCGUCUCCCUCGGCGCCCGAGGCCGUUGGCGGGCCCAGCCAACCAUUCGGUCGGGCUCGUGCAGGUCUGUUACCUACCCGCCAUGAAGAGCAUUAUGUAUGCGAAGCUCCUAAAUCUUAUUGUUGUCACACUCGAAGUUGAUCGAGAUGCGGUCACGCGUGUAUGAAGGUUGGUGGAUAUGCCGCUUCACCCCGGUUAGCGCACGUGCUUGAGUGCUGUGCCGCAGUAGGGUGGAUAUGUCGUGGUUCUCAACCGAAGAUUAGCACCGACACGCGAAGCAACGGGUAUCGGGUGUGAGUUUGAGCCACACGGUGGGUUUAUUGAUGGAAAUGCGGGCUUCCGCUUGGCACAACAGCAGAAGAACACUAUGUUGCCGAUUUGCUGCCGGUACCUUCUUGAUGGUGGUGUUGGCGGAGGGUGGGAGGAGAGACAAGCCGAAGCCGUCGCCAUUGACGCGCGCAGCUAGUGCCUUUGACCUGGCUGAACCCCCGCCCUCCGGACCAACACCUGAAACUUGUGCCAUGCAAGAAACGUUGUUGGAGGUUCAAGAUUCACAGUUCUGCGCCGCUGUGCUGGAUUGUUUCGUGGAUCUUGCGUAUGUCGUAGUAGUGUUGUAGGUGGUGUAAAGCGCGCGUGCAUGUGUGUGUGCGCAAGGUGCGCGUCCAGCAACGCAGGUGCAAGCCGUAUGGCUGCACCUCCUGUCGGUGUGUCGGAUGGUCGGGAUGUGGUUGCUGUGGCUGGCCCCGCAGGACGUAUUACCCGCGUGACAAUGGGAACGAGGUGCGGGGUUAUCCGGCAACACAUGCCCAAGAGCUCUGCAUUGGAUGGGUGCACGUCAUGCACGGAUAGGCUUGACACGAAGCCAAGAAUUUUUCUCGUGUGAGUCGUGUGAGGGGAAGGCGGGAGCAUUGUACAGCAACAAACAAAGUUUGCGCAUUGCACGAACCAUGAGUAGCGGAAGUAGCGCACCUGGACCGAGUGCCGCACGUGCAUAUGCUCCAUGAGCUGCAUGCAUGGCCGCUGCACGCAAGCGAUGCCUGUGGGCGUCCAGCCAUUCGAGCGGGGGUUGCGGAUCGCAUUUGACUAAGGUUGGGUAUUGCAUGUGAGUGGUGGAGCGAGUGUUGACAGUGAAGCGGCCAGGUGACGCGAUGUGAGCUUUGCCACGAGUGGGGCUUAACGAAGUACAGGGGACUGGGACUGGGAAGAACAACGGAGCCUGAGCGGGAGCGGCGCAACGGUGUGAGAGAAUGGAACCGUACAGGCGAGAUGCAAAGCUAUGAGAGCAUUGGUGAAGACACCGAAAGAAUGGGCGAGAGUAAAAUUUACGAGAGCAUGCAAGUGCGAGCAGCAACCUGAGCGCAUCACGCCAAUUGGCUAUGGCCUAGCGAGGGGAGGUGUGGGUUGGCAACACGGGAAGCAGAUACCACGUGUAACGAUGACAAGCC